AUGGCAUCUAGAACCUUACAUCCUCAUGAACGGCGUUAUUCACAGCUUGACAAAGAAGCCGCUUCAAUUAUGUUUGGCAUAAAAAAGUUUCAUAACUAUCUCACAGGAAGACAAUUCUGUAUAAUAACAGACCACAAACCAUUGCUUGGUAUAUUUGAUCCGAAGAAGCCAAUGCCUAAUAUGAUUUCACCACGGUUGACGAGAAUUGCCAUAGCCUUGACAUCUCAUAACUAUGAGAUAAAAUAUAAGCCUGGUCCAGAGAUAGGUAAUGCUGACCAUUUAAGUCGUUGGCCACAACCAGUACAAAGUGAACCUCAAACACAUAUUGGUGAGGUUUUGUUAAUGGCUGAAGCUCCAGAAGAUUUUCCAUUUGAUGCAGAAGAUAUAGCUAGAGAGACAAAUCGGGAUAAAAUCUUAUCUAAAGUUAUUUAUUACAUACAAAGGGGAUGGCCUGCAAAAGAAACCGACGCUGAUUUACGACCAUUCUGGUUACAUCGCACAGAACUGUCACUGCAAGAAAAUUGCAUACUUCUGGGAUGCCGCGUUGUAGUACCUCACACUCUUCGUCGAGCAACGCUCCAAAUACUACAUAAAACACAUACAGGUAUAGUUCAAACGAAAGCACUGGCUAGAAGCUACGUUUGGUGGCCUGGACUAAAUGAUGACAUAGAACUUCUAGUUGGUGGUUGUGUUAGGUGCUUGGAAAAUCGACAUAUGCCUCCUAAGACUACACAUGAAUGGAUUACACCUUCGAGACCUUGGUCAAGAAUCCACAUCGAUUUCGCUGGACCGUAUCACAACAAAUACUUUUUAAUUAUAGUCGACGCAUAUUCCCGAUGGCCUGAAGUAUUCAUGGUAAAUAAUACAACAACAGCCACGGUAAUACGAUUGCUGAGAACGACCUUUGCAACUCAUGGUCUAUGUGAAGUUUUAGUAUCGGAUAAUGGUACAUCGUUUGUAUCAGGAGAUAUGAAGCAUUUUUUGCAGGCCAAUAAAAUUCGUCAGGUAACUACAGCACCUUACCAUCCGGCGACCAACGGAUUAGCAGAACGGAUGGUACAGACAGUCAAAGAUAAACUAAAGAAAAUGAAUGAUUUAUCUUGGGAUAUCAAAAUUCCGAAUUUAUGGUUAGGUUUGCGGGUUACUCCAUGUACAGGAACCAAUAAAACCCCCGCAGAACUAUUAAUGAAUAGACAGUUGCGCACAUUGUUAGAUACUAUACAUCCAGAUAAUCUGAAACAUAAAAGAACAGAAAUACAAAUUGACAACAAUAAACAGAUAGCAGGCAGAGAAACUACUGUGGGACAAAAUGUAAUGUUCAGAAAUUAUAGCAAUCAGGGCCCUAAAUGGUUACCAGGCAAAGUCUUGCAGAAAAGUGGGCCUUCCAAUUACAAAAUCGAAACAGAGGACGGUGUAGCAGUUAAUCGGCAUAUUGAUCAGUUGAUUAAAUAUAAACCAAGGCUAGAGAAAGGGGAAGAAGGGAUUACUGAUAUAACGUCAGAGGCAAAUAAAGACUCUAUUAGCACAGACAGUAGUGGUACGAAUUACCAACAUGGGCAACAGGAAAAUAGUAGUCAAGAGUCAGAGAGAAUUAUUGAAAUACCAGAUGCCGAGAAAUGGGCUGAGAUUUUGGGUAUCCCUCCUUCUUCGGAAUCAACAUUGCCAGUUCCAGGGAAAAUUAGAACUAAGUUAAAUGUACAUUCCAGAACUCCAUAUCAAAGGCCACAAGAUCAUAUAGACAAUCUGUAUUUAUCCUAA